CUCGACAACGUCGCAGCAAGCAAGCCCAUACGAUUCUAAAAUCCAGCUCCGAGAGAUCGAUACAGCCAUGGUGAACCUCCAAACUGUUCUCGCCCACAAUGCGGCUCUCAAAUCUCUAGCGCCAGGUCUCGUCGCGGUGUUCGUCGGCGGCACCUCUGGCAUCUCCCUAUCCACGGCCGUUGCCCUCGCCCGCCACACCAUCUCGCCCAAAAUUUAUCUCGUCGGCCGCAGCCAGUCCGCCGCCGACACUGCCAUUGCGUCCAUGAAAUCCAUCAAUCCCUCCGCGCAGAUGACCUUUUGCCAAGCAGACAUAUCCCUCCUCACCAACGUCGACAGCGUAUGCGCCGAGAUUGCAGCCAAGGAAAAAAAGCUCAACCUCCUCUUCAUGACGCCGGGAUAUCUGACCCUGAAAGGCCGCGACGAAACAGCCGAGGGCCUGGAUCGCAAGUUCGUGCUGCAUUACUACGCGCGCAUGCGAUUCAUCACCAACCUCCUCCCCCUCCUAACCGCGGCCGCAGAGGAUGCCUCUGCCAACACCAAUGCCAGACUGUCCCGCGUCGUCUCUGUCCUGGAUCCGCACGCCUCCAUCCGCGCCGGCGGCGCCGGCAAACUUGAUCUCGCAGACCUCAGCCUGAAGCACACCUUCAGCCUCAAGAGCUGCGGCGCCCAUACCACUAUCAUGGGUAAUCUCUUCCUAGAAGCCAUGGCGCAGCAACACCCGCGUACCUCUUUCAUUCACGCAUACCCUUCGGGGGUGGGCACGGGCGUGCUGCGUGAAGUGCCGGGUGCGCGCAUCUUAUCGCCUGUUCUGAGGAUUUUGAUGAGUCCAUUCAUGGUGCCGAUUGAGGAAAGUGGGGAGAGACAUCUGUUUGCGGCGACAAGUGAUAGGUUUCCUCCCAAGGCUCAGGAGGAACAGACCCAAGAGGAUAUCGCGGUUGGCAGCGAUGGGACUAAGGGGUCUGGUUGUUACUUGGUGAGUUGGGAUGGGGAGGUGUUCCCGGCCAAUAAGAAGUUAGAAAAGACGAGGGCGGAGAAUGCAGUGCAGAAGGUGGUGCAGCAUACUGAAGAGGUGUAUAAGCAGGUGUUCGAGGAGGGUAAAACAUAUCCAUGAAAUGUCAUCAAGGGACAGGCACUGGUUUGACUGGUCAGUGGUGGUAGUGGUGGGCGUAUGACAGGAGUAAUUUGUUUCAUGAUUACAGAUCCUUGGGUUUCUAGCUUUUAGUUCCUAUGCCAGUCUUUGACAGGGUAGGGACAAAUAUAUUUUCAUCAGGACUGAGCCCGGCUGACUCGGUGCCCAGGACAGGGCUGACAGAUGUGGCUGAGGCUAGCCAUCGAUUUGGCUGAUACUGGCUGAUGAGAGCCACUGGACCCUUGCUGGCAUGGCUCCAAUCAAAGAACCUUGCAAUGGAUCGCGUUAUCCAUCAUGUUUGUUCAGUUCAAAAGGGC